CAGGCAUACAGGCAGCACUGACACAACUGCCGUUAAAUCAACGUUUUUUGUUGGUUUUGAAAAAAAAAAUGUUGAAGAUUGAUUGAUUAGUUAUUCCUAAAUUGUAACAUCUUGGAACCAAUUCUAAAUUUCCAGUGAACAUACGAUACAGUAAUAAUGGACACUAAGCAACCCGAAACCACUACCCAAGAACUGCAAUCUGCGCUACACGAAUCACGAAAUAAUGUGGAGCAAGAGCCUACGCAACGACGAGAAUCUGUCCUCGAAAGCAAUGGCUACCAUAUUUUGGAAACCAUAGGAAAGGGAGCUUUUUCGAUUGUCAAGAAAGCUUUCUCCAAGGCGCACAACCGAGUGGUGGCCAUCAAGACAGUGUCGAAACAGAAAGCUACAACUGAUGUACUGAACAAAUUUUUACCUCGAGAGAUCGAUCUUGUAAAGGGGUUGAAACACACAAACCUAAUCCGAUUUUAUGAAUGCAUUGAAACUACGUUGAGGUUCUAUAUUAUAAUGCAAUACGCCGAAAAUGGGUCUCUCUUGCAACUUAUUAGAAAGGAAAAAAUCUUACCCGAGGCUCAAGCAAAACAUUUCUUCAAUCAGCUAAUUAAUGCCGUAGAGUAUAUUCACAGUAUGGGGGUAGUCCACAGAGAUAUUAAGUGUGAAAAUAUUGUAUUUGACGAAAAUUUCACACUCAAACUGAUUGAUUUUGGUUUCGCUCGUGGAAAUAUGCAGCCGGUUAUAGAUGGCGGAAAAAUUAAACCUGUUCUUUCAAAAACCUUCUGUGGUAGUCACGCUUAUGCUAGUCCAGAAAUUCUCAAAUCAAUUCCGUAUCAACCGCAACUCUCCGACAUAUGGGCAACGGGCGUAGUGCUUUACACUAUGGUCAUUGGCCGACUACCGUUCUCGAAUGAAGAAAAUGUUUCAGCUUUGAUAAAGCAAGUGUUCGCUGGACCUAAAUUUCCUAAAGAUCGUUGCAUCAGUGACGAAUGCAAGGAUAUUAUUAUUAGAAUUCUUCGGCCAGCCCAUUUGCGCAUAAGUAUUUCAGAUAUGCGCCGGUUACCUUGGUUCAACGAAGAUGAUUCCGGCUACGAUGAUUCCGGAAACGAGAAAAGUCUUGAGAAAAAGAUGAGACUUGACGAAUCUGUGAACGACCGCACCGGGACUGGUUUCGGAACAACAGAUAUGAAUAACAAUAUUGGCACUAGCCCAGUUAGUACAUCCGCAAGUGUAUACAACAGGAAAAAGGCUGUGCCUGACGAGUAAAGCUAAAAAAUACUGUUUAGCUCAAUUACUAUCUGUUUUGUUUUAAAAUUUUAAACAUUGUUAAUUUCGACAUAAUUGUUAAAACUACAUUUAGACAUAUGACAUUGAAAUAAAUUUUAAAUGCGAUAA